AUGCGUGUAGGAACUCUCGAUGCUAUCUACGAACGGCUGUCAUGGGAAUUCCUACGAAUGACUGCUCCAUUUCAUAGAAAGCCCUCACACUUGCCCAGGAAGCGAAAACCAGAAUUCCCAAACGCCGGCGCCAAACACCUUGAAAGGAACAGUGCACAGAAAUCCGCAACAACUAAAAGGCCUCUCCACGCUGCUAAGACUGGCGGCAAAGCAAAGGGAGUCCACAAAGUUACUAGGAAGAAGAGCCCCCUCCACGGAGGCGUUAAGAAACUGAUCAAGGUUAAUGCAGCGAAGAAGGCUGCUGCUACAAAGGCUACACACACCGGAGGCCAUUCUGCAUCGUCGAAGAAGGUCCACCACGCUGGUAUACACGCUGUGUCAAGAAAGACUGUUCCUCAUAAGCCCGCACGCGUAGGCACCCAUUCCACAUUGAAGAAAACAACUGGUAAAGCAUCACACGCCAGCGCUCACGCAGCAUCCAAGAAGCCAAUUGGUAAAGUCUUGCACAGCGGGCACAAACGGGUCCAAGGCAAGUCAGUUCACCAUGCUGCGGCUGCCAAACCAAAAACUGUUCACCACACUGUGGCCGCCAAACGGAAGGUUGUUCAUCAUGCUGAGGCUGCCAAACGGAAGACUGUCCACCACGCUGCCGGCGCCAACCCAAAGACUGUUCACCAUGCUUCCAGCGCCAAACCAAAGACCGUUCAACACCCUGAAAAUGCUAAAUCAAAGACAGUUCACCACUCUGCCGCCACCAAACCGAAGUUAAGUCAACGCCCUGCCGCUGCAAAACAAAAUCCCGUUCAGCACAAGGCGGUAGCCCCGUCCAAACCCGCAAAACGUGUCGCAGGAAAAAGGCACUAG